CCCUGCAAGUUGCGAUCUGCAGACAGAGGCAGGGCUGGUCCGGGGUUUCAUGCCCCCAGGGAGCAGGGCACCCGGUGGGACUCGCGCCCACCCUCUCCUCGGGUGUCGUGCUCCCUGGGAAGCGCCUGCCUGUCUACCCAGAGAGCGGGAGGCUCCAGGCGCGGCCGGGGCACCGUGGACAGAUGCGCUCGGUCCUCACCAGCGGCGCUGCGCAGCAGACCCUGCGGUGCCUCGGGAAGGCGGGCGUUCCUCCCUGCUCCCACCCUUUCCCAGCGUGUGCACUCGAUUCUUCCCUGGGGAAAAGAGGAGGAUUUUCUAUUUUUUAACAUUUCAUUUCACGAAACCAUUUUUUUUUUUUUUUAAGUGGUGGCGCUGAACACACUCUUUGCAGACGGGGGCAGCACUUUCCCUCCUGACCCCAACCUGGAAACCCCAGCGUGACUUCAGCGCUGUCAGAGCAUUGGAAGCAGAGCCGCGAGUUAGGAAGCGGCUCGCUGGCAGCUGGGCACGUUUCUUUCUUGCGAGGUUGGCUUUUUAAAUUUGCUCUUUUUCACGUGAAAAUGUUCAGCUUCAUUGUUAGACGCCUUUAGACAUGGUUAUCGCUAUUUAAAGCCUUGUUUUUUUUUUUUUUGACAAAUAGUUUGCAUUUUAUUCAUUGAAACAGAGAACAAACACCAUCCUGCUUUUUGGGGUGGCUUCCUAUUUCAAGGAGACAUGCCAAGGUAAUUUGGACCCAGAGGAGGAAUGAUGUAGCUACCUUCAAACCUUCCCUUCUUAAACACCCAGGCUGUAACAUCUACAUCUACAUCUAAUUUUGCCAACUUUUUAAGGAUUUAUCUCUUCUCUGAGUGGCAAGUGACUUAAACCAAUCAUAGAGCUGGAAGAGCUACAUCUUUUUGAAAAAGUUCACUUACGUAGGAAUGUUUGUUCUCCCAUUGGAAACUGGGACAGAAUAUUGAGCUUUUUAAAAUAGUCACCCUAUCAUCAAACAGGUCCCCUCUUGCUGUUGGCUGCACAUCAGGAAGGCUAUGAUGGGAAUGAAGGUGAAAACUUGGAGAUUUCACUUAAGUCAUUGCUUCUGCCUGAAAGAUCAUCCUUUAAAAGUAGAGAAGCUGCUCUGUAUGGUGGUUAAUUCCAAGAGGCAGAACGCAUUCUAGAAGGAAAUGGAUGCAAGCAGCUCCGGGGGCCCCAAAAGCGUGCUUCCUGUGGUCUAGCCCAGGGAAGCCCUUCCGUGGGGACCCUGGCUUCCAGGGAUGCCACCAGUUCUGGACGCAUGGCUGAUUCCUGAAUGAUGAUGGUUCGCCGGGGGCUGCUUGCGUGGAUUUCCCGGGUGGUGGUUUUGCUGGUGCUCCUCUGCUGUGCCAUCUCUGUCCUGUACAUGUUGGCCUGCACCCCAAAAGGUGACGACGAGCAGCUGGCACUGCCCAGGGCCAACAGCCCCACGGGGAAGGAGGGGUACCAGGCCGUCCUGCAGGAGUGGGAGGAGCAGCACCGCAACUACGUGAGCAGCCUGAAGCGGCAGAUCGCACAGCUCAAGGAGGAGCUGCAGGAGAGGAGUGAGCAGCUCAGGAACGGGCAGUACCAAGCCAGCGAUGCUGCUGGCCUGGGGCCUGACAGGAGCCCCCCAGAGAAAACCCAGGCCGACCUCCUGGCCUUCCUGCACUCACAGGUGGACAAGGCAGAGGUGCACGCUGGUGUCAAACUGGCCACAGAGUAUGCAGCAGUGCCUUUUGAUAGCUUUACUCUACAGAAGGUGUACCAGCUGGAGACUGGCCUUACCCGCCACCCCGAGGAGAAACCCGUGAGGAAGGACAAGCGGGAUGAGUUGGUGGAAGCCAUUGAAUCGGCCUUGGAGACCCUGAACAAUCCUGCAGAGAACAGCCCCAACCACCGUCCUUACACAGCCUCUGAUUUCAUAGAAGGGAUCUACCGAACAGAAAGGGACAAAGGGACAUUGUACGAGCUCACCUUCAAAGGGGACCACAAACACGAAUUCAAACGGCUCGUCUUGUUUCGACCAUUUGGCCCCAUCAUGAAAGUAAAAAAAGAAAAGCUCAACAUGGCCAACACGCUUAUCAAUGUUAUCGUGCCUCUAGCAAAAAGGGUGGACAAGUUCCGGCAGUUCAUGCAGAAUUUCAGGGAGAUGUGCAUUGAGCAGGAUGGGAGAGUCCAUCUCACUGUUGUUUACUUUGGGAAAGAAGAAAUAAAUGAAGUCAAAGGAAUACUUGAAAACACUUCCAAAGCUGCCAACUUCAGGAACUUUACCUUCAUCCAGCUGAAUGGAGAAUUCUCUCGGGGAAAGGGACUUGAUGUUGGAGCCCGCUUCUGGAAGGGAAGCAACGUCCUUCUCUUUUUCUGUGAUGUUGACAUCUACUUCACAUCUGAAUUCCUCAAUACGUGUAGGCUGAAUACACAACCAGGGAAGAAAGUAUUUUAUCCAGUUCUUUUCAGUCAGUACAAUCCUGGCAUAAUAUACGGCCACCAUGAUGCAGUCCCUCCCUUAGAACAGCAGCUGGUCAUAAAGAAGGAAACUGGAUUUUGGAGAGACUUUGGAUUUGGGAUGACGUGUCAGUAUCGGUCGGACUUCAUCAAUAUAGGUGGGUUUGAUCUGGACAUCAAAGGCUGGGGCGGAGAGGAUGUGCACCUUUAUCGCAAAUAUCUCCACAGCAACCUCAUAGUGGUGCGGACGCCCGUGCGAGGACUCUUCCACCUCUGGCAUGAGAAGCGCUGCGUGGACGAGCUGUCCCCUGAGCAGUACAAGAUGUGCAUGCAGUCCAAAGCCAUGAACGAGGCGUCCCACGGCCAGCUGGGCAUGCUGGUGUUCAGGCACGAGAUAGAGGCUCACCUUCGCAAACAGAAACAGAAGACGAGUAGCAAAAAAACAUGAACUCCCAGAGAUGGGUGGGGGGAGACACUCUCUCUUUCCUUUUGCAAUUACUGAAAGUGGCUGCAACAAAGAAAAGACUUCCAUAAAGGACGACAAAAGAACUGGACCCCUGGGUCAGAGACGAGAGAGCCUCCGAUUUCUCUCUGUUCGGCUUUUUACAACAGAAAUCAAAAUCUCCACUUUGCCUGCAAAACUAGCCCAGUAGCACCCUGCGAAGUGUCUGACAAAGGCAGAAUGCUUGUGAGAUUAUAAGCCUAAUGGUGUGGAGGUUUUGAUGGUGUUUACAACAAACAGACCUAUUGUUUUGUGUGCUCACUGAAAUAUUCAUGAUUUAAGAGCAGUUUUGUAAAAAGUUCAUUAGCAUGAAAGGCAAGCAUAUUUCUCCUCAUAUGAAUGAGCCUAUCAGCAGGGCUCUUGUUUCUAGCAGUGCUAAAAUAUCAGAAGGCAGAAGAGGAGAUGUGCUUAUUCUGAUCCUAGUGAGUACAUUAAGCAAAAUCAAAUGGACCGGAAAAGAAACCGUAAAUAUCGUGUUUUUUUUUUUCCCCAAGAUUAACCAAACAUAAUCUGCUUAUCUUUUUGGUUGUCCUUUUAACUGUCUCCGUUUGUUUCUUUUUAUUUAAAAAUGCACUUUUUUUUUUCGCUUGUGAGUUAGUCUGCUUAUUUAAUUACCACUUUGCAAGCCUUACAAGAGAGCACAAGUUAGCCUACAUUUUUAUAUUUUUAAAGAAGAUACUUUUAGAUGCAGUUUGAGAACUUUCAGUUCAAAGCAUCAAACUGAUCCCGUAUCCGAGGACAUGCCAAAUGCUGCUUCAGUCUGGCACUGAGUGUCAGGCCUGGAGACAUAGGGAAGGAAUGGUUUGUACUGAUGGAGAUAUACAGAUACUUUAUCUGAAGAGUGUUUUCGAAGAGGAGCAACUGAACACUGGAGGAAAGCAAAAUGACACUUGAUGCUUUACAGAAAAGGAAACUUAUUCAGACUGGUGAUAUUGUGAUGUAACGAAAAGUCAGAAACCACAUUUUCCCCUCAGAAGUGGGGACCGCUUUCUUACCUGUUUAAAUAAACCAAAGUAUACCGUGUGAACCAAACAAUCUCUUUUCAAAGCAGGGUGCUCCUCCUGGCUUCUGGCUUCCAUAAGAAGAAAUGGAGAAAAUACAUCUAUAUAUAUUUUGUGACAGAUCAGUCCAUCUGCCAGAAUCUAGUGGGAUGGAAGUUUUUGCUACAUGUUCAUCCACCCCAAGCCGGGUGGAAGUAACUUAAUUCGUUUUUAAAUUAAGCAGUUCUACUCGAUCACCAAGAUGCUUCUGAAAAUUGCAUUUUAUUACCGUUUCAAACUAUUUUUUAAAAAUGAAUACAGUUCACAUAGAGUGGUUUCUACAUUCAUGUGAAAAUUAUUAGCCAGCACCAGAUGCAUGAGCUAAUUAUCUAUUUGAGUCCUUGCCUUCUGUUUGCCCACAGUAAACUCAUUGUUUAAAAGCUUCAAGAACAUUCAAGCUGUUGGUGUGUUAAAAAUGCAUUGUAUUGAUUUGUACCGGUAGUUUAUAAAAUUUAAUUAAAACACAGGCCAUGAAUGGAAGGUGGUAUUGCACAGCUAAUAAAAUAUGAUUUGUGGAUAUGA